CUAACUAUCAACUGAAAAUAAUUUCAUUCAGCCAAAUAAAUCACAUUAUAUAAAAAUUGAUGAAUACUAAAUCCUAGUAGCGAUAAGAAACUUUUCUAAUUUGAACGAUUUCCUUGAGAAAUGAGAUUUCAGUCGAAACUCGCUGAAGCACGUACAAAUUCAAAAGUCCUUUCGAAAACAUGUGAUAAAAUUGUAACAAUACAGAGAAAUUCAGCUGCAAUAAGUGAAGAGAAGCAACAGAAGCUAACGAAGCUGUUAGUGAAAGUGAAUUUACAGAACAGUGUGGGGCCAGUACAUGUCGUAAUGUCGCCGGAAAACACCGUCGGGGAGUUGAUGAAGUCUGCGAUUGAGAUUUACGUGAAGGAGAAGCGGCGGCCGUUGUUGCCUAGUAGCGAUUCUCGGUGUUACGAGCUUCAUUACUCACAGUUUAGUUUGGAGAGCUUAAAUCUAGAGGAGAAGUUGAUGAAUUUGGUGUCUCGAAGUUUCUUUCUAUGUCGAAAAUCAAACUGCCGUCUUAAUUCAUCAUUGAAAAACAAAACAAAGGGCACUGAGAAACUUCCAUUUAUCUUGGCGAAGUUCAUGGAUGUCUUGAUACAAAUUGUGACAAAUCUAAGUAGUAUUUGGCCAAAAUUUCACCCCCAAUGGCUUUAAUCAUAUAUUUAAACAAAUAAAAUUUACACUUAUUACUUCUCUUUUUGUUGUAAUUGAUUCUUCUUCUUUUUAGUUUUUGUGUGCAACUUACGUUUUUGGUUAAGUUGCACAAAAUGACUUAUCAAUGUUCGAUGGAGCUUUCAAUGUGAUUGAACUCUACUAGUAAAAGUUGAUGCAAUAUGUAUUCAUCACAAUUCACAAAUAUCUCAACAUUUUAUAUUUUGUAAGUUAAUUAAGCCCAAGUUUGCUCAAUAAAGAAAAUGUGUUAUUGAGAAUUGGUUUAA